CGCGCGUUCUAAGUUUCUGAGAGACGCGUUGACCGCAGCUGUUGAGAGUCUUGUGCGGCUUCAUUCUUUAGAAGUGUCUCUAUCGCUUUGCAUCCUUACAGAGUCUUUCUUCUCGUUCCCAUUGUCGAUCGCUUUCAUCCGAUAAGAUGCGUUGCUCUACACUGGUCGCGGGGCUUUUGGGCCUGGCGGGAGCCGUCAAUUGCUUGACUACCUCCCAUGUUGAGAUUAUGGAAAAGCUGCGCGGGGUGCCUGAGGGCUGGAAGGCUGCUGGCACUCCGAAUCCAAGCAGGAGGAUGCACUUCCGUAUCGCUCUGACCAAGUCGAACCAGGCGCUAUUUGAGCAAAGCCUCAUCGAGGUGUCUACUCCAGAACACCCCAGAUAUGGGCAGCACUUGAAGAGGGACGAGCUCAAGGACAUGCUACGACCAUCUGCCGAAGCUACCGAAGCCGCCAUCGAGUGGCUUCGUGAUUCCGGAGUCUGCAGCGAGGAUAUUGAAGAGGAUGGCGAGUGGAUCAACUUCGUUGCACCAGUGUCCGUCGCCGAAGAGAUGAUGGAUGCCAAGUUCACUACCUACCGCAGUCUUGCCCGAUCAACGGUCACGAAGACCCGAACUCUUCAGUACUCCGUGCCCAGGGAGCUCCACAGUUUCAUUGACAUGAUCCAACCUACCACCCGGUUUGGCCAAAUACGCGCCAACAGGUAUCAGUACCUUAACAAGGAGGUCAUCGGUGCUGCUGGCACCGGGCUCAAUGUUACCCAGUGCAACACUACUAUCACUCCUUCUUGCUUGAAAGAACUGUACAAGUUCGGAUCCUACAAGGUUGACGCUAAGGCUGGAAGCAAGUUCGGCGUCAAUGGUUUCUUGGAGGAGUACGCUCUUUUCGCUGACCUUGCUCAAUUCAAUGUCGAGUACGCGCCAUGGGCAGUCGGCAGCAACUUUACGUGGACCUCAGUCCAUGGUGGCGUUCUUCCCCAGAACACUCAGAACGAUAGCGUGGAGGCCAAUCUCGAUAUCCAAUAUACUGUGCCCUUGACAGACCCUGGUACAGCGGUCAACUUCUACAGCACUGCAGGCCGGGGCGAGCUCAUUCCUGAUCUCGACCAGCCCAACCCGGCGGACAACGAGAACGAGCCGUAUCUCGAUUUCUUCACCUUCCUUACCGGAUUGAAGGAUGAGGAACUUCCUCAAACGCUCACGACCUCGUACGGCGAAGACGAGCAGAGUGUACCAGAGCAGUACUCGAAGACGGUUUGUGACCUGAUCGGCCAGCUGGGCGCACGCGGUGUCUCGGUCCUCUUUUCCAGCGGUGACACAGGUGUCGGGUCGGCGUGCCAGACCAACGACGGCAAGAACACAACCCGCUUCUUGCCUACAUUCCCCGCAUCCUGUCCCUACGUGACCGCAGUUGGCGGCACCCACUACGUCGAGCCCGAAUCCGCCAUCUCGUUCUCCUCCGGUGGCUUCUCAGACCGUUUCCCUCGUCCCUCGUACCAAGACAAGGCUGUAGGAGACUACCUCAAGAUUCUUGGCAACCGCUGGGAGGGCCUGUACAACCCAGCCGGACGCGGCAUUCCCGACAUCGCGGCACAGAGCUCCCGUUUCCGUGUGAUCGAUAAAGGCCUCGAGAUCUCGGUUGGUGGUACCAGCGCGUCUGCACCAACCGUUUCGUCAAUUGUGUCGCUGCUCAACAACGCCAGACUCUCGGCGGGCAAGCCGCCGCUCGGGUUUCUGAACCCACUGAUCUACAGCAAGGGCUUCAAGGGCCUCAACGAUAUCACCACGGGUGGCUCAACUGGCUGUACAGGACAUGAUAUCUACUCGGGUCUUCCGGCGCCGUAUGUGCCAUAUGCCAGCUGGAAUGCGACAAAGGGCUGGGAUCCGGUUACUGGGUAUGGCACGCCCGACUUUGAGAAGCUGUUGAAGAUUGUGCUGGGUGGGGGGUAUGGGGGAUACAGGAGGGGUUGAGACGUGAUGGUGGGGUGUGAAGCAUGUCCUUCGACUGCUUUUGUUGUUGUAGCAUAUGGGCAUACGCAUUAUGGAUUGGCGUAGAAUGCCCAAAAUGGUUCACUUAUAUCUUUUUCUGAUUCCUGAAAAUGUAUAGAAGGACUUCAGACAGUGACAAGCUUCGGGCGUGAAGCUUGAGGCGCGCUAUCGAAGAGAUCGCAACGCCACAGCCGGCGGCGCCAUUGAGAUCUUGGCCUAAGGCUCAACCUUCAUCGAACUCCCUCUCCACCACCAAACCUCAUGAAAAUGUUGCAACUCAUCCCAAUAAACUUUUAACGAAGGAGCCA